GGAGACGCGCUGGGCUUGGGGCGUGUGGGGUCGGCGGCACGAUGUGGCGCGUCUGUGCGCGACGGGCCCGGAAUGUGGCCCCCGGGGCUGGGUUCGGGGCCCAGGGGACGGCCUUGAGGGAGAGACCCGGGGCCCCGGGCGCGACCCUGCGCACCGGCCCGGCUGCGGCUCAUGGCCACAGCGUGACCGCGGGGUACGGCGGGGUCCGGGCGCUCAGCGGCUGCAGCCUCAGCCGCGGGGCCGCGCCGCGGAGUCGCCUCCUGCUGCAGCUGUUCGGGGGGCCAGGCCGCCGCUGCUACAGUCUCCCCCCGCAUCAGAAGGUUCCAUUGCCUUCUCUUUCCCCCACAAUGCAGGCAGGCACUAUAGCCCGGUGGGAAAAAAAGGAAGGCGAAAAAAUCAAUGAGGGUGAACUGAUUGCAGAGGUUGAAACGGAUAAAGCCACCGUUGGAUUUGAAAGCCUGGAGGAGUGUUACAUGGCAAAGAUACUUGUUGCUGAAGGUACCAGAGAUGUGCCAAUAGGAGCCAUCAUCUGUAUUACAGUUGAAAAGCCUGAGGAUGUUGAGGCCUUUAAAAAUUAUACAUUGGAUUCCUCGGCAGCACCCACCCCACAGGCAGCCCCAGCACCAACCCCUGCUGUUACUGCUUCGCCACCUACACCUUCUGCUCAGGCUCCUGGUAGCUCAUAUCCCACUCACAUGCAGGUGGUUCUUCCUGCCCUCUCUCCUACAAUGACCAUGGGCACAGUUCAGAGAUGGGAAAAAAAAGUGGGUGAGAAGCUAAAUGAAGGAGACUUAUUGGCAGAGAUAGAGACUGAUAAGGCCACUAUAGGUUUUGAAGUGCAAGAAGAAGGUUACCUGGCAAAAAUCCUGAUUCCAGAAGGGACAAGAGAUGUCCCUCUAGGAACCCCACUUUGUAUCAUUGUAGAAAAAGAGGCAGAUAUUCCAGCCUUUGCUGACUAUAGGCCAACUGAAGUAACUGAUUUAAAACCACAAGUACCUCCUCCACCCCCAACCCCGGUGGCCUCUGUUCCUCCAACUCCCCAACCUGUAGCCCCUACACCUUCAGCCACUCGCCCAGCUAUGCCUGCUGGACCAAAGGGGAGGUUGUUUGUUAGCCCUCUUGCAAAGAAAUUGGCAGCCGAGAAAGGGAUUGACCUUACACAAGUAAAAGGGACGGGACCAGAAGGCAGAAUCAUCAAGAAAGACAUUGACUCUUUUGUGCCUACUAAAGCUGCUCCUGCUCCGGCAGCUGCUGUGCCUCCUCCGGCUCCAGGAGUGGCACCAGUUCCUACAGGUGUCUUCACAGAUAUCCCUAUCAGCAACAUUCGUCGAGUUAUUGCCCAGCGGUUAAUGCAGUCUAAGCAGACCAUACCUCAUUAUUACCUUUCUAUUGAUGUAAAUAUGGGAGAAGUUUUGUUGGUACGGAAAGAACUUAAUAAGAUGUUAGAAGGGAAAAGCAAAAUUUCUGUCAAUGACUUCAUCAUAAAAGCAUCAGCUUUAGCAUGUUUAAAAGUUCCUGAAGCAAAUUCUUCUUGGUUGGACACAGUAAUCAGACAAAAUCAUGUUGUUGAUAUCAGUGUUGCGGUUAGUACUCCUGCAGGACUCAUCACACCUAUUGUAUUUAAUGCACAUAUAAAAGGACUGGAAACCAUUGCUAAUGAUGUUGUUUCUUUAGCAACCAAAGCAAGAGAGGGUAAACUACAGCCACAUGAGUUCCAGGGUGGCACUUUUACAAUAUCCAACUUAGGAAUGUUUGGAAUUAAGAACUUCUCUGCUAUUAUUAACCCACCUCAGGCAUGUAUUUUGGCAAUUGGUGCUUCAGAGGAUAGGCUGGUUCCUGCAGAUAAUGAAAAAGGAUUUGAUGUGGCUAGCAUGAUGUCUGUUACACUCAGUUGUGAUCAUCGGGUUGUGGAUGGAGCUGUUGGAGCACAGUGGCUUGCUGAGUUUAGAAAGUACCUUGAAAAACCUGUCACCAUGUUGUUAUAAUUAAUCUAAGAGUUUCUAGACACUCCGAAGUCAUAUUGGUUCAUUCUUAUCAAGAUAUUUAUAUAUUAUUAAGCAGGUUUUUUUUUUUUUUUAAAGUUAACCAGUUAUUUUUUAGUCUGUUCAGAUAAGUUAUUUGUAAUGGGCAUUACUGAAUUUUUUCAAUGCCAAUUACACUCAAAUAUUGUGCACAUUUAAUAAAUGCCAGCUUUUAAGCUGUGUACUCCUAGUCAAGGUACAUGUGACCUAGCCCUUUGGUGAUAAGUUCUUCCAUUGGGAAAUGUAGAGCUAGACUUGUGAUUCCAUGUUGAGAUAUGUACAUAAAAGUGACAUUUGAGGUUUUGAAAUUUAAUUGCCUCAAAUGUUUUGCUUAGAUGUGAGGGAAGAAGAAAAAGUCAGGAAAAUCAGUUCUCUUGGAGAAGGGUUUGAAUUGAAGUAUAGUUUUGGAAUUUAACCCUAAUUAAAACUUUUGUGUUACAUGAUCUUGGUCUAUCAUGGAUAAGAAGGGUAGAAAACUUCAAGGAAAAUAAGUAAAAUUUUAAAAGUCAACAUUUUCAUAGACCUCUUCAAUCCACUGUCCUUUAUUUUUCUAUGGAUUCCUAAAUGUUUGUUUUACCCCCUUGAGAUAAAGAUACAAAUAUAAAUCAGCUACUUGGUAUAAAUGAGAAUUUGUGUGGGUAUUUAUUUUAAUAACUUAAAUGUAACUUGGAGAGCAGAAAUCUAUAGUUUCCUCCAAAUAAAAGAAUGUACUGAUGGAUUUAACAGAGAGUAAUUGUGAAAGUGGAAUUUUUCCUCCAAGAUUAACUGGUGGGUACUUGCAAAUAAAUUACCAGAAUUUAUUACUCAAAUAACUUUGGAAAACUAUAGCAAGUAACUAUAAAAUAAGUGUACAUAUGUAAAAUAUGGUUUUUAGUGUUGGAUUUGUGCCAAAGUCCGUUUAUCACCAGAAACUGUCUGACAAGGAGGAGAGACAUACAAUGAUGAACAGUUUGGAGUGUUAAAAGAUGAUGAUCAAAACAAAGUGGUCAUUCCUACUUGGAUAAAGUAAAAAAUGUGUACCAAAAGAACUGUUUUGUGUUUUUCCACCUUAGCAUUGUCAUAUGUAAAGUAAGAAGGUCCUAAACUUCUACUGAAGAGAAAAAUUAUGUAGUUUGCUACUUUAUAAUCUUUUCACCCAUUUUGUUACAGUUUGCCUUUCUUCUGUUAGGAAUGGAAGAGAAAGAUAUUCAGGAUAAUAAAAAUGAAUUGGGAACAAUUCCAGACUUUCUAUUGAAUUGAUGUUUCAAUAACUAUUUGGAAUUGUUUACAACUAUAUAAAUCUGUUGCUUCCUUGUGUGUAUAAUAUGUGGAGGUAUACACUGAAAUUUAGGUUUUUCAGUAUUGAAGUAUCUCUAAUGCUCAUUAUUACCUGGUGCAUAAGUGACACUCCAUAUAUUCUACAGCUAAUUCCCUUGUUUGUGUUAUACAAAAACAAUUCAAUACAUUCAUUCAGUUUUUCAGGAACUGGUAAUGUUAGCUUAAACUUAGAUUAUGAAGAAGGAACAAGCUUAUCACGAGGGACCAUCAUCAUCAUCAUCAGUAUGAGCCACAUCUUGUUCAAAUAUAUGGAACUACAACGAUAAUUCAUUCUUUGCCAAUGCCAUGGCUCUUUUGUUCCCUUGAAAGAAAAAUAAAAAGUUGCCUUCUAAUUUUUUUGAGUUAAAAAUUAAUCUGAGUAUAAUCUAAAUAUGGAUUCAGUCUAUUUGUCAGAACUGAAAGAUAAAAGUUAGAAAUAGUGGUUUUGGUUAAAAUUAGAUUGGUUAAAAUUAAACUGUUUUCAACAUGUCUGGUCUAAUUUUUGAUCUGAUGGUAAUUAUUUUUCAUAUUAAGUAAGACUCAGGGAUGGCAAUGUAUGUAUAAACUCUUAAACAUUUGGAGUUUAUAGAAUUGAAAAAAUAAGGACUUUGUUUAGGAUAAUAUAAUAAACACAAUCUGGCUUUAAUAAGCUCAAGGAGUUACUGAGGAACCUCACAUUGAGGGGUCGAGGGUGUGACACAUUCUAACAUGAUUAAUGUGUAGUCUGUCUCUGUUAGAUACUCUACUCUAAUUCUGAGAUUUGUGAGUAAAGUAUCUAAAAGCCUGGUCUACUACAGGAGUUGUUGACCAACAUGGAAGAUGCUAGGAAUAUAUUACAAGGGAUGGUCAUCACUUCAUAAUAAUUACAAGCUCUAGAAUACCUGGGAAAAUAAUCACUAUUGACAAUUGAUCUAAAACCAUAUUUGUAGAAAAAUCUUAUCUCUAAAUCAAUGAUAAAGUAUAUCUCAAAAUGUUUCAGUUUUGAAGGAAAAAAAUGUUAAAGAUUAAAAUUGAAGUAUAAAUACACAGUUUAUUAUGUCCUUCAGCAAAGCUGCUUCAUAUAAUGAGAGGUGGGAAUGUUCUCAAAUAAAAAUUUAACAUUUUAAUAUUAAGCACGUUAGAUCUUGAUAUGCAUUUUGCUAAUGAGUACACAAACACAUAGCUGCUCAUAUAGGUGACACCUAAGUGCUGAGAGUGCAAAAGUAGGUAGGGAUGGGAGUGUCUAGGAAAUACAUGCUGCCAGUUAUUAUUAUAGAAGAAAAGGUAAGGCAAGAGCAUAAAGUUUUUUGAGUGAUCAGGAGACUAUAAUAGGUUUGUUACUUUUAGGACAUCCUACAGUUAGAAUACAAACCCAGGUCAGGUUAAAGAAAAUUAUAGUUGUUUUAAAAUGUCACAUAUCGGUUGUUUCUAUUACAUAUAUAACAUUAGUUUCUGAAGUUAAAAAGUUUUAAAAUUAAUAACUUUAUAAUCAACUUUAUUUAAAGAUGUAUGUUGAACUAGAGUACUAAUUAUGAGGCUGUUUUGUGUCUAGGAAAGACAAGGGAUGUUUAAUGUUUGAUGUGCACACUACUUGGGGUAUAAAUUGGAAAGUUGAUACCUUUGUUUUGAACAACCAUCUGAAAACUUGAAUGGGAGUUGAACAGUACAUCAUUACUGUAUUUUUGAUUACUUUUUUAGGUAAAAGACAAUUGUCCCAAAGUUAAUUCCUUUAAAAUUGAGUUCCAACUAUUUUGGAUCAUGUUACAAUGUCUGACGAUAGUAACUUUACUGUUGUAUCCAAUCCACAGACAAUCCAAUAUCCAUCCCUGAUAUUAAAAGGCCUGCCUAUGUAGCUUGGACUUCUGCCAGAACUUUUAUAGAGGCAUAGAUUUGCAUGUUAUUGUAUUGGCCCUUUAUCUUUAUUGCUGGAGGAAACUUACACUGCUAUGGCCCAUCCUUGUAAUAAAAAACUUGCACAGUCUGGGAUUUAUUCUUGAUAUA